AUGUCCUCUGGGAUUGAUCACUUGGCUGAAAAAUUACUUCACCAAACACAAGCAGGGUGGCAGCCCCACUGCCCAGAAGGGGGCCAGCUGCUAAUUACAACGCCUCUCUGGAGAAGCGCUUCCAACACAAUCUGCUGCAGUAGCUGUGAGCUAACCAACAUCAUCAUCACAGUGGAGAAAGAGGAAUGUGGUCUCUGCAAAAGCAUCAACACCACGUGGUGUGCGGGCUACUGCUACACCCAGGAUCUAGUGUACAAGGAUCCAGCCAAGUCCAACAUCCAGAAAACAUGUACCUUCAAGGAGCCGAUGUACAAGACGGUCAAAGUGCCUGGCUGUGCUCACCAUGCAGACUCCCUGUAUACGUACCCAGUAGCCUCUGAAUGUCACUGUGGCAAGUGUGACAGCGACAGCACUGACUGCACCGUGCGAGGCCUGGGGCCCAGCCACUGCUCCUUCAGUGAAAUCAAAGAAUAA